AUGAUGUACUAUGGCAAAGACAGUAGUGGCGGUGGUAUCUCGGAGUUGGACACGAUAGCGAAUGUGAUCGGUUUGAAGGGUGUUGGAACGUCAUCGUUGCGCACCUUCGUCGAGAUGUGGUACCACAUUUUUCUGUGGGCACUAUUCUCGUCCAUCUUCGUGCACACGUGUGCCGCCGUCAUCGCGUUUGUGACGCUGCGAAAGCACAAGUUCGGGCGCUUCUUUUCAAUCUUUAUCUUCGUGAUGGGCGUCCUAUCGCCGGCGACCGGUGGUGCCGUCAGCAGUACCGUCAUUGCCUUUGUACACAGAGCCUCCAACUUCCAGAUGUCACCGAUCGCGGCUAUGAUCUGGGGCGUCGGGCAGACGAUCGUAUCCGCCUGCUUCGGAUUUACGCGCAUCUUGGCAACACUGUAA